GUCGAAUUCAGCUAACCUUUACAGGAUUCUUCCCUCCGUCGUUGCCUCCUCCGAUCUCCCCAACACCAAUCCCACUGAGGGUCGCCAACAUCUGAUUCUUCCCCAAUCACGCGACGUAGAUUGCGACCUCGGCAAAGAUGUCGAGGAUCUCGUCCAAAGCUCAACUCUAUGAGGUAAUCCCCGUCACCGUUACUGUUGUUAUAUUUUUCAUCGUCUAAUGUGAACCCUGCCACAGCGGGUAUCACAACCAAAGACUUUGCGUUGUCCUCUGAUCCUGAUUGCUGCAAAGUAGAGAUUGUAAUUUCAAUGAACUCCGUGGCAGAAACCAAUCGGUGGAGAGUGACGGUCGCAACGCAAUUGACGAUAGUAGUCUAGGGGUGAGAGGAGACAAAUCCCACACAACACAAGACAACCCAAAACCCAGAUUUGGAAUUACAUAUCAGGAUCGAGCUCGUGCCAGUGGACAGGAGGGGAAGGGAGACCGAGAUCGACGCAGAUUGGGAAGGAUGAAUGAAACUAAAGUCGGAGAUGUUUGGAGUUCUUUCGCCGAGCCACAGAGAAGAUCCCAACUCGAUCGUCGGAGAAGUUGGGUCUGUGCGCCAAUCGAGCUACGGUCUCGACGAAUGGACCUUCGAUUCCCCAUCCCCCGGAACAACCGUCAUGUUGAAGAGAGGCAAUGGGGCGAAGAUGGAAAUGUCGCCGAAAGGAAGGGGUGCGGCGAAGAAUGAUUUGAGUUUCUGGACUGAUUUUGGUCGAAGAAGAAUAGGGAUAUGGAGUAGGGUUGGUGGUAGGGGCACUAUUAUGUCGUAUAGAGCCUACCUAGUAAUAGCGUUUUGGGACCAGAUUUUAAAAUACUUGCAUGUUGGCAGAUAUUUCUAAUUUCUUAAUGAGCCUAGCAUACCGUUUGGUAUAAAUGAAUUCCAUAAGUUUUGAGGAAUUCAUUCUGAAAUGAAACAAUUUUGUAUUUGGUAUUUUAAAGAAUUAAUUUCCAAUUCUAAAUUUUAAAUUCUAUGAAAUUGGAACCAGUUAUAGCAAUUUCGAGGAAGACGAAAUUUCUAAAUGAAUUCCACAAGUAUUUACUAAUUAUAAUAAAAUGACAUAAUUAUCCUCUUUUAUUAACUAAAUCACUUAUACAUGUACAUACCAAACACAGGAAUUCACUUGACAAUGAAUUCUACAUGACAAUUCAUUUUAUUUGAAUAUGACGUACCAAGCACAAAAUUUCAUUUGACAAUUAACUCUAAAUAGUAAUUCAUUUUUACAAUGAAAUGAAUUUUCGAUUCAUUAGAUACCAAACGGUCUGUAAUUUAUAAUUCCCAAUGUCCAAAUCCUGCAUUUUUUGUAGACUUAUCAAAACAAAGAAAUGAGUUAAAAUCUGGGAGGGGCCCAGGUUUGGGCCAAAUCCCUCACCAAAUUUGUGAAUCCAAACGACCCCAAGAAAGAAUUUGAUAACAAGCCCAACAGGGAGAAGGCUCUGUUUCUACUUCUAGUUAGGGAUGGCAAUGGGGCGGGUUUGCUUAAACCAUCCCCAUACCCAUCUUCAAAUACCCAAACCCAUACCCGCCCCAUACCAAUGCGGGGGAAUGUUUUGCAAACCCAUCCCCAUAUCUGUGGAUUUCGGGUACCCAUGGGUAAUACCCAUACCCGUACAUCCAAGAUUAAUAUACCUAAAACUUACAAGAAAAGUUCUAAUUAUAAUUCUAAACGAACAUAUUAUAUCAUGAAGUCAAUAAAACACGGUCAUUUUUUUAAUAUGGUUCAAAGAUUAUGAUCCUAAAAUAUCCAUUAAUACAUAAUAUAGAGUAUAAUAUUUUUCAAAUUAUUAUGUUCUAACUCUGAUACAUCUACUAAAUAAUAAUUAACUAACAUAAUCUUGUUGACAAGGGGGAAAGUGAAAGAGUGAAAUGAGAAUUGAGAGAAAUGAAUUAGAUUUUGAUUAAGGUGGUCAAUCAAUUGCAUUUCUACUAUUUAUUUUCUCAAGUUAUCCUCAUCGUCAUUGAUAGAUUAUAAUUUGAUACACAUAUUUUUUUUAUAUAUGAAGAAAUUAUCUUAGUGGGGCGGGGGCAGCGGCGGAUCCAGAACAGAGAAGAGCACUGGGCCGCAUUUCAUUAGAAAAUUAGAACCGUAAAAAAUAUAAUGAUUAUAG